AUGCAGCCAGAAGCUGUGUCAGAGAAUGAUGCAUAUAUGAAGGCAAAGGAUGAUUCCUCAGAGCUUGAGCAUCGGGAAAAUGGAGAGUACUUCCGACGAAAAUUGGCCGAGCUGGAUGCUGUUCAAUCCUUGGCGAAACUUAGGAUGCUCCAAGGGCAUCCUUCCGAGUCCUCCCCCUCUUGGCUCACUUCCGGCUGCGAGAUCCGUGUUCAAUGA